AUGAUUGAAGACGACAUCUACCGUGCCUCAUCUCAAUACCGCCUGUGGUCUUACACCGAGACAUCUCUUCAGACUCUCAGAGCCACGACAAAUGCUGUUGCCAGCGAGCGUGUGCGCGCGGCUUUGCGCAGAUCGCGCGAAACCCAUCAGUCAGCUACAUCAUCUGCGGCUGGAACACCGCAGCCAGAAAGCAACGUAGACAACAAGAACAAAAUUGAGAAGAAUAUUGAAUGCUUGACUCCGGAAGAGGAACUCGUCCUCGUGCGGUAUUACUGUGAGAAGACGCUAGAGUUGGGAGAAACCUACAAGCCUCCAAUGCCAACAAUGGUCCGGGCCACUGCGAUUCAAUACCUUCGUCGUUUCUACUUAACCAAUUCACCCAUGACAUACCACCCCAAGUCGAUCAUGGCGUGUGCGCUCUUUGUCGCGACCAAAACCGAUAACUACUAUAUGUCUCUUCGCCAAUUUGCAGAUGGAAUUCCCGGCGAUACAACGACAGAGGACGUCAUCGCACCUGAGUUCCUUCUUAUGCAGGGACUCCGUUUCACCUUUGAUGUACGGCAUCCAUUCCGGGGACUCGAAGGCGGCGUCAUGGAACUCCAAGCCAUCGCACAAGGCCAAGGCCAGCCAGCCCCCCAUCUACCACACGAGACCGCUGAAGAUCUUCAACAAGGAUUGUUGUCCAUUGCACCCCCUCCCGUCCCAUCGUCCUCGAUGUCAGAUCGGAUUGCUCGUGCUCACGGCACAACUCGCGAACUGCUCAAGUCUGCCGCACAAAUGACAGACGCUUACUUCUUGUACACUCCCUCCCAAAUCUGGCUUUCUGCCUUUUUAAUAGCGGAUCGUCCCCUGGCUGAAUUCCUUCUUGAUGUCAAACUUGGUGGACCUGUCACAGCGACAAUUCCUCCUCCGGAGCUCGACGCAAACGGCCUUGUGAAUCCUCUAUAUGAAAUUCGCUCCAAACUGCACCGCGUGUUGACUGAAUGUUCUGCCCUACUCCAAUCCUACACACCCCUCUCCUCUGACCCCGCGCAAAUGAAGAACCUCAAGCGCAUUGCAAAGAAAUUAUAUCACUGCCAGAACCCCGAGAAGGUGAACCUGGCCCAGAAAAGGGACUCCACACAGCCGUCGACUGCCGUCCAAAGCGAUGCGGGAGUGGCCACCUCUGAGAGCGAAACUGAACGUCUAGCGAAGAAGCGCAAGUUAGAACAGGAGCAGCAGGCCCGUCAGAGUGAUGAUGUCUUCGGUCCUGAGCUGGUCACCCAGCGCACCAAGCAGUAA